AUGGCUAAUGUAUCAAUUUCUAAUCACAGCCUCCCUUCUUCUAAUUGGUCUACUACUUCUGACAACAAUAACCCCGAUUACAAUAGUCUCAUAGAAGUUACAUCUGUCCAAAAGUCCACCAUACCAACCAUUAACCCUGACUUGCUUGAAGCACAAAUACUUUCCUUUCCUCGUCGCCCUCGCUCAGGUCACAGACUUCCUACUACCUGGAACAAAAACGAAUUCAUUUUUGAGGGCGAGGGGGGAGAUGGUUAUAGUAGAGAGAUGAUGAUUGACAAACAUGAGGUUAAAAGUCAUAUGAAGGAGGUAAAGGUAAAAUAUGGGGGGAUGGAUGAGAUUAAGAAGGAGUUGGAGGGGCUAAGUGUAAUUUUUGUGAAAGGGGAGGAGGUUGACUUAAACUUUCUGGCGCGUGUAGCGGACGGCGCGUAUGAGAGCGAUUUGGCGAGUAUGACGGAACGUAUGUCGAGGGCACAGCUGAUAGGGUUUAUGGAGAGUUUACAAGGAGAGUGGUGCGGUCGCAGUGAGCGGAGGAAGGUGGUGGACGCCGCCGAAUUCGUGAAAGCUCUGCCAAUUGACUGGAAAAUAGAGCUCGCUUUACGCCGCCGCGCUGGACUGCACUCUAUAUACUGCCGGAGUUAUGUCAGCCCCUCAGGGGAACAUUUUAAGUCAUGCAAGGAUGCUGCAAUAUAUCUGAAAAAUCAAUCCCUAAUAACAGAUGUUGAUAGUGAAGAAGGGCAAAUGAGGCAAACAGAAAAUGGUUGUCAUACAGCUCCCACAUUUGAGGUGAAUGGAGUUGAAGAUUCAUCUGUUGUUGAGGUUGAGGAAGAUGUUGACUGGUCAACAACCUUUGAACUCUAUGAUGUUAAAGUUUCAACCCUUAUUGAAUGCUCUCCUUGUGGAGUAGUGUUUCAAGAUAUGCGUGAGUUGGAGCGACACCUGGCGACUUUUCACAAGGAAACCACUCGAAGAUUUCAUCUUCCAACUGGGACCCGUGCUUUUGAAAAGCAUGCUGACAUGGAUGUUGGCAAUGAACAAGAAGAAGCAGUUGAAAUCAUCAAUGAAAGGUUCAAAACAAAUUGUACAUGGUGCAACAAAGAGUUCAUAUGUGAGCCAGUUGAUACUAUGGAGGAUGUAAGUGGCUUCAUGUGUCAACCAUGCAAAGAUAAACUAUGUGGAGCCUUUGAAAGGAGUUUGUUAAAGUGUUAUAAAGAUUAGCUUUGGUUUUGAGAUAGUUUUAAGUUACAAAUUUGAGGUGAUUUUUAGGUUUUGAGAAGAGGAAAAUGUAUGUUUUUUCUUUUAGUUAUGUUGAAUUCAAAUCUUACAUUUGUAUAUUGUUCUAUUGAUUCUCAAGGUUUUGUGUCAAUAAGUUGGUGGCUAAAAGUUCAUUUUGAUGUUUUUAUGUAAACAAGAAUGUGAAAUGUUUGAUAUAUGG